CUCGUAAAAAGUGUGUGCACAAGCGACUGCAAGCACACUAUGUCAAAACAACAGUGUAUUGUUGCUGUAGACGUGCAGUAUUGAUGUUUCACUACUGCAUGACUGGUCACGUGGGUUUCCUAGAGUACAGGGAUCAAAGACUUGAAGACACAAACUCGAUCGAUCCAUUGAAGUCGUCGCUGCGUGUCGUCAUUUGUUUGAUCAGAUGUUUGAUACUCGAGUAGGAUGGGCUUUCACACCUGGCACUGUUUACAUCAGAGCUUAAGAGACUUCGGAGCUAGUGUUGGUGUUUUGUCUGUUUAAAUUAUAACGUAAUAUAGUGCAAUUAGAAACAGAACGACCGCGGAGUUUUUUCGUCAUUUUUCCUGAUGUCGGACUGCAGCUCGUCGGGUACAGAUGAGGAUUUGGACCCGGAGUUGGAGCUGCUGGACGAGCUCGGCGGCAAGCUCAGUAAGUGGACAAACUACAUUCAUGGAUGGCAGGACCGCUGGAUAGUGCUGAAGGGCAAUAUUCUCAGUUACUACAGGUCAGCAGACGAGAAAGAGUACGGCUGUAGAGGGUCCAUCUGUCUCAGCAAGGCUGUUAUCACGCCUCAUGAGUUUGAUGAAUGCCGUUUUGACAUCAGUGUGAAUGACAGCAUCUGGUACCUGAGGGCUGAACAUCCUUUGCUCCGGCAGCAGUGGAUCGAUACCAUUGAACUCCACAAGGCUGAGUCAGGCUAUGGGUCUGAGAGCAGUUUACGCCGCCAUGGCUCCCUACUGUCCCUCACCUCUGCCGCCAGCGGCCUCUCAACCACCUCCGCAUCCUCCUUUAAGAAGGGAUACAGCCUGCGGGAAAAGUUAGCAGAGAUGGAGACCUUCCGGGACAUUCUCUGCAGACAGGUGGACACGCUGCAGAAGUAUUUUGACAACUGCGCAGAUACUGACAGUAAAGAUGAGCUACUGAGAGACAAAGUGUCUGAUGAGGAGGAAGAUUUUCCAACCUCACGGCCAGAAGGAGAUUAUCUGCUUAACAACAACAACAGCAGCAAAGAGAAAUUAUUUCCUGUAGACAACCUCAAAGGCCCUUUAGGCAUCGAUUUUAAAGGUGAAGCCAUCACGUUUAAAGCAACUACAGCAGGAAUCCUGUCCACACUGUCCCACUGCAUCGACAUUUUGGUCAAAAAAGAAGACAGCUGGCAAAGACGACUUGAUAAGGAAAUUGAAAGGAGAAAACGGGCUGAAGACGCCUACAAAGCUGCAUUGUCUGAGCUGAAGAAGAAGCCUCAUUAUGGAGGACCAGACUAUGAAGAAGGACCAAACAGUCUGAUCAAUGAAGAGGAGUUCUUUGAUGCUGUGGAAGCUGCGUUGGAUAAGCAUGACCAGAUCGAAGAGCAAUCCCAUGCAGAAAGGAGUAGGACAUCUCGACAGAUCUCCCUCACUCCAGACACCUAUUCCUCUAUCAGCACUCAUAAAUACUUGACUAAGCCUCACAGUCAUACUUCCUCCUUGUCCUCCAUUGACCUCAUAAGUGCCUCCGAUGACGUGCACAGGUUCAGUGCUCAGGUUGAGGAGAUGGUGCAGAGCCACAUGACUUACUCUUUACAGGAUGUGGGCGGAGAUGCUAACUGGCAGCUGGUUGUUGAAGAAGGGGAUAUGAAGGUGUACAGGAGAGAGGUGGAGGAGAACGGCAUCGUUCUGGAUCCUCUCAAAGCUACUCAUGCUGUCAGAGGGGUCACAGGUCACGAGGUCUGCCAGUACUUUUGGAACACAGAUUAUCGGAACGACUGGGAGACAACUGUUGAAAGCUUUCAAGUGGUUGAGUCACUCUCGGAUAAAGCGGUCAUCAUUCAUCAGACACAUAAGAGGGUGUGGCCUGCUACUCAGAGAGAUGUGCUUUAUGUAUCCGUUAUCCGUAAAAUUCUCUCCACCAAUGAAAAUGAUCCUGACACCUGGCUGGUGUGCAAUUUUUCAGUGGAUCAUGACAACUAUCCACCCUCUGCUAGAUGCAUUCGGGCCAAAAUCAAUGUAGCCAUGAUCUGUCAAACCUUAAUCAGCCCACCAGAGGGAGACAAAGAAAUCACCCGAGACAACAUCCUCUGUAAAAUCACAUAUGUAGCCAAUGUAAAUCCUGGCGGUUGGGCCCCUGCAUCAGUCUUGCGAGCCGUAGCCAAGAGAGAAUACCCCAAAUUCCUCAAACGCUUCACCUCGUAUGUUCAAGAGAAGACCAGUGGUGAGACUAUUCUCUUUUGAGCAACACCAGGUUGUUCAAUCUACAUUCCCAGUUUGCUUUCUGACUCAAAUGAAGAAACGCCUUAUUCACAAAGCUCUACCAUCACUCACGACAGAGAGCUGCUCUGCCCAAGUGCUCUUGACACUCUUCAGAAACCGUUUCAAACCGUUUUAUCCAUACAGACUGAACAACAGCGCUACGGCAACACCAAAAAUGGUGCAAAGUCUGUAAAAGCACCUUUGAAAAAUACAAACACACUAGAAUAACCUACACAGCCUGUUCAUCUUUAAAAGUCCUGCCUUACUUGUUUUUCCGUAAAUGAGCUGCGGCUCGUGUUUUGUCAAAGUGUUUUGUAAAUAUUUGAUCAUAGUCUGACUAUGGUCCUGAUGAGAGAGAGAUAUAUAUAUAUAUACUGUAAACUUGAUGCCUUGAUCUAAUCCCAGCAUCUUCUCAGCUGUGUGUGAGUUUUCUUACUGGCCUUGUCCAAUAGCCAUUUGUUUUAAGAAGACCCUUUCUAGCCCCGAUGAUCAAGAGGACGUCACACUUCAGUCUUAAGAUUUUUUGUACAGUUAGUAUAUAAAUGUAUAAGAUUAUUUACAAGCGAAGGCAUUAUACAUUUUGAUUAUUGUAAUUCAUAAAUGUGGCUUUAGGCAAAGUGUACAUUUAUUGGGAACUGCUUGUUUAAAACAAUAAUCAAAGUAGAGGGUAUUUCGGUAGGACUGUGAAAAGUUGAUCACGAUUGGCUUUCUGUUUCCUUUUAGUUUUUCUUGUUUUUAAGUUUGUUUGGCUUUUUUUCUUUCCAGAGGUUUCAAAAAUAAUAAUUUCUGCAGAGGUGGCACUUUAUUGCACACAUGCCUUUUUGAGACCCUAUAACAGCCGUUUCAACAAUUCAUUUCACUUCUUAAAGGUAUAGUUCACCCAGAAAUGAAAAUUCUGUCAUUAAUUACUCACCGUCACAUUGUUCCAAACCCGUAAGACCUUUAUGGAGGGUCAAAAAUAUUUUAUUUUGUGUUCCGAAGUUGAACGAAGAUCUUACAGGUUUGGAACGACAUGAGGGUGAGUAAUUAAUGACAGAAUUUUCAUUUUUGAGUGAAUUAUCCCUUUAAAAUAUUGGUUUCCGUCUGCACAAUUUAUGUAGAAUCACUGCAGUUGUGUCAUCUAUGCUUAUGAAAGAGAGAAUUGUAAUGGCAUUUCACAGUUCAAUGUCACUUUCUGUGGUCUAAUUCACUAAUACACAACCAUCACUAGUCUUAAAGGGAUAGUCAUGACUCUGUCAUGUAAAAUUGUGUUUUCACCCACAUGAAUGGCUGACUUUAUCUUGUGAAACACAAAAGAAAAAUUUUGAGAUGAUGUUUUCUGUACAGUGCACAUUAAUGUUAACCAAAUCUGGUCGGUUACCAACAUUCUUCAAAAUAAAUUUUGAAAGUCAUUCAGGUUUGGAACAACUUGAGUAACCGAUUUUUAACUUUGAGUGAACUAUCCCUUUAAGAAAAGGCUUGGAGGUUGAUUUCUUAGAUGAGAAAUGAACUACAUAUGUAAGACAACACCAUUAAUACAACUUCAGUUCAUGUUUUCUGUAACACUGUUUGCACUAAACAGAUUUUUUUUUUU